AUGUCGGAUAUAGAAUCAAAUAAUCAAUCGCAUCCAAGUACUUUAAACACUGAUGAAGUUUUAAAUGAUCAUAGACAUCAAAUAGAUAAUACAUGUGCUAUAUCAGAUGAUGAAUAUGAUCCAAUAAGCAAUACAUCACAACAACAACAACAACAACAAGAAUCAAAAUCAUCAUCUACUAAAUCUCGUUCACAAUCACAACCAUUAAACCAAUUACCACCAGAUAAGAGAAAAAAUUCAAGAAGAAGAUCUAGUAUUAAUAAUGAAAAAUAUAUUGCACUGCAAAAUUUACAGAAAAUGCAACAAAAUAAAGUUUAUAUGAGUUCAUUAAAGAAAGAUUUUAAUUUAAAUUAUGAUAAUGAUGAUAAUAAUACUUUCCCAAUUCCAAUAUUCAAUAAACGUAGAAAAAGUACAAUUGAUGAAAUGACAAGAACAAAGACAAAUGAUUCACAAUCUUCAAAAAUUAAUUUACAACCACCUAAUAAUAAUCAACCACAUGAAAGAAGACUAAGUAAAAGUUCAAUAGAUUCAGAAGCUGAUUCUCAUGCAUCAAGAUCCUCACAAGAAACUGAAGAAGAUGUUUGUUUUCCAAUGUUGCGUGAACAUGUUAGAAUUAAUGGUAUUGAUUUUGAUGAAAUUGAUGAAUUUAUAAGAGAAGAACGUGAAGAAACUGAAAGGCAACAAGAAUUUCUAGCAAGAAAUAAAACUAAUGAAUUUGGAUAUCCACAAUAUUCAUCAUCAGCUUCAAUUCAUACUGGUAAUAGAUCAUCAGCAGCUAUGAAAUACACACCAAAGAAUAUACUUCGCAAUUUCACCAGGGAAAAAGUUGUUGAAGAUACUACUUCAUCAGAUGAUGUUGAAAUGAAGACUAUAAAUGAUGAUAGUGUUGAACAAGUUAAAUUUGGUGGGGCAAGAAUUUCUGAUGGUACUAAUGGUACUUUACCUGAUCGUUUUUCAUUUUUCCAUUCAGAAAAUGAAGAAACUAUACAUGCUCCAGAUAUUCAAUCAUUAAUAUCACCAAAUCAAUCAGUACGUGAAUUAUUUAAAAAUGGUGAAAAAACUUGGUGGUUAGAUUGUACUUGUCCAACAGAUUCAGAAAUGAAGAUGCUUGCAAAAGCUUUUGGUAUUCAUCCAUUAACUGCAGAAGAUAUUAGAAUGCAAGAAACAAGAGAAAAAGUUGAAUUAUUUAGAAGUUAUUAUUUUGUAUGUUUUCAUACAUUUGAACCAGAUAAAGAAAGUGAAGAUUAUCUUGAACCAAUAAAUGUUUACAUUGUUGUAUUUAGAGAUGGUAUUUUAAGUUUUCAUUUUUCGCCAAUUAGUCAUCCAGCAAAUGUAAGAAGAAGAGUUAGACAAUUACGUGAUUAUGUUGAUGUUACUGCAGAUUGGUUAUGUUAUGCAUUAAUUGAUGAUAUAACUGAUGGUUUUGCUCCUAUAAUUCAUGCAAUUGAAUAUGAAGCAGAUGCAAUUGAAGAUGAUGUAUUUGUUGCUAGAGAUACGGAUUUUAGUAAUAUGUUACAAAGAAUUGGUGAUUCAAGAAGAAAAGUAAUGACAUUAAUGAGAUUAUUAUCUGGUAAAGCUGAUGUUAUUAAAAUGUUUGCAAAAAGAUGUCAAGAUGAAGCAGCAGGAUAUCAAAAUCAACAACAAAAUCAACAACAAAAUCAACAACAACAACAACAACAACAAACAUUUUCACCUGAAAAUUCAUCAAUUAAUAUUCAACAACAAAAUUCAUUUCAACCACAUUCUUUAAAUUGGCAACAACAAAAUUAUAAUCCAGCUAGACCAAGAGCAGAUAUUGCUUUAUAUCUCGGUGAUAUUCAAGAUCAUAUAAUUACAAUGUUUCAAAAUUUAUUAGCAUAUGAGAAAAUCUUUAGUAGAUCACAUUCAAAUUAUCUUGCACAAUUACAAGUUGAAUCAUUUAAUUCAAAUAAUAAAAUUCUGGAAAUGUUUUCAAAAGUUACAUUGAUUGGUACUAUGUUAGUUCCAUUGAAUUUAGUUACUGGUUUAUUUGGUAUGAAUGUUAAAGUUCCAGGGCAGGAUGCUGAAACAUUGGCUUGGUUUUUCGGUAUACUUGGUGUUUUAAUUGUUGUUAUAUUAGUUAGUUUAUGUUUUGCAAAUUGGUGGUUAAAUAGACUUAAUAGAGCUAUCAAAGAUGGUGAAGCAAGACCAAUUUUUAAUUCAAGAAGACUGAUUAGAAGUUUAGGUAUGAGAAGAAAUACAGCAAAACUGAUUAUAAGUUUUCCAAAUAAAUAUGAAUAA